GAAGCAAUUCAAGCCAUAGUCGUUGAAUACGAGGAAAAUGAUUUUAACUUUGAUGAAGUUCCUGAAGUGUUAUCAUCAAAGAUGUCUAAUCUUAGAUUGAUGAAAAUUGAGAAGAUUUGGACAGGCUAUGACCCAGAAGAUCUUGCUAUUCCUAAUGACCUUUUUGUUCCUAAUCAGCUAAGGCAUCUUUCAUGGAACUGUUGUCCUUUAAAAUGUUUGUCAUCCAGCUCCCAACCAAAGGAGCUUGUUCAACUUGACUUGCGGGAAAGCAGAAUUGAAUAUCUUUGGGAAGGAGUAAUGUGUUCAGACAACUUAAAGUUCAUUGAUCUUAGUCAUUCCUACAACCUUAUCAGGACACCUGGCUUUUCAGGUGUUCCGAUGCUCGAGGAACUAAACCUUUUUCGGUGUGAUAGCUUGGUAGAGAUCCACCCGUCUAUUGGACAACUCAGCAAGCUCAGGUUUUUAAAUUUGGAAAGCUGCGAAUCUCUGACCAAUCUUCCCUGCAUGUUUGCUGUAAUGCAGUCCCUUGCGGAGCUUAGACUUCUAAAUUGCCCAAAAAUCAGUUCGUUUCCGAAAUUUACGGGAAUUAUGAAAAGCCUAUCGACACUCAAUUUGGCUUGGACUGCUAUUAAGAAAGUAGAACCCUCAUCAAUCGAGUGUUUGCCUGCCCUUACUUUCUUAGAUCUAAGUGCCUGCACAAAUCUCGAAUGUCUUCUAAGCAACAUGGAUAAUUUAAGGUACUUAAAGUACAUGGAUCUUAGUUGUUCCAAAACCCUCAUUAGGACACCUGACUUUUCGGGUGUUCCGAAUCUUGAGGAACUAAGACUUUCUUGUUGCGAUCGAUUGGUUGAGAUCCACCCAUCUAUUGGACAACUCAGCAGGCUUGAGAACCUAGAUCUGCGAUUCUGCCAUAAUCUUACUGAUCUUCCCUGCAUGUCUGCUGUAAUGCAGUCCCUUACGGUUCUUGAUCUUUCUCGUUGCUAUAAAAUCAGUUCGUUUCCGAAAUUUACGGGAAUUAUGAAAAGCCUAUCGAGACUCAAUUUGGCCUGGACUGCUAUUAAGAAAGUAGAACCCUCAUCAUUCGAGUGUUUGCCUGCCCUUACUUCCUUAGAUCUAAGUGUCUGCACAAAUCUCGAAUGUCUUCCAAGCAACAUGGAUAAUUUGAGGUCUCUUGAAACACUCGAUCUUUCCCAAUGCUCCAAACUAAAAUCGUUGGCAAGGCUUCCAUCAAAUGUAAUAUGUAUAUGGCCUGAAGGUUUUUCUUUACUAAACUGGUCACCAGAAGGGGUCAAACUAAGAAUCUGGUCACAAACUCUCUCCCAAUGGCUUCCAUUUGAUGAGAGCGGCAGUAUAGUGGGAUUUACAAUACUGUUCCGUUUCCUGCGGGGGCUCUUUUUUCGUAAAGCCGUUUUGGGUGGAUAUAUUAUUCGGUCAUGGUCAGCUGUAAAAGAGGGGUUUUCAAUAAACAUAAAGCUGCCUUCAAAUUGGUAUAAUAGUAAAUGGAUAGGAUUUGCUCUUUGGGUGUCACUUUCAUUUCCACGUGUUGUAGAAGUGAAAGAUGGUAUUAGAGCUCGUGUGAAUCACGAUUACUUUGGACGUUCUACAACCUAUAUAAACGGAAUUUGCCUAUUGUAUUUGUCUCGUUUGGAUUGGUUUGGUGUUGCUGAGAAUUAUGAUCAAUGCAGUCAGAUUACGGUUAUGUUUGAGAAGAAAAACCCAAUUUUCUCUCUUUUUGGGAAUGACUCAAGUUACUCAACCGUACAAAUAAGGGGGAAAUGUGGGGUCAGUUUUAUAUACAAGCAAGGUGUGGUCCGUGUGGAUGAGCUCAACGAAACAAAUGCACCAUGUUUUAUUGAGGGCUUUGGGGAAGUAUCCAUCUAUAAAUUAACUGGUGGUGAUGAUGAUGUACAUAUAGUCAAUGAUGAUGAUGAUGUACAUAAAUUCCGUGAUGAUGUACAUAAAUUUGGUGAUGAUGAUUUUGAUGAUGCUGAUAUUAAAUAGAGUUGGUGAUGGUAAUGAUUGACAUGACUGCAAAAGAUGACACCUAAGGGCUGUUAAUACUUGACUAUCUUUUUUUCAUUGGAUGGAUUUCAAUCAAGGCUUAGGCACUUAGAUAUGUACAUGCAUUUCAAUCAGCCUGACCACGUUUUAAUCAAUCUGUAUUUGGUUUAUUUACAAUGAUUUGGAAACUUGUUCAAGUGGCAUAUCUGUGCAUCUUGUUUCAAAAUGAAAAUGGAGUGGAAGAUCUACUUUUACAAGGGAUCUAGGUAUAGACAGAUACUGAGGUAUAAGGUUUUACUAACAAUAUUUCUUGUUGGAUGAAUUUCAAGUGAGUUUGGUGCUAUUGGAUUGCAUACAAGCAUUACUUCAGGCAGUGUGUGGGAUGACUGGUGCAUGAAGGGCUUUAUACGGACAAGUCGAUGGGGCAGAGCUAUUCCUUCUGCAUAUGGGACCUAUUCUUUCGCUUCAUCGUUCCUUCUGCCGGAAUGGUUUGGUAAACUUUUUUUGUUCUCUGUCAAGAAAAUGGUAGACUUCAUUUUUUGGCUAGACAUAAUAAGUCUCUUAACAUUUUGUUGCAUGCCAAUCAUUAUACUAGGCUUCUAAUUUCUCACUGUAUGCAGCUUGGAAAUUACUUAUUUGUGCUACUAGCCUACUACAUGCCACAUGCAUUUGGAGCCACAGAAAAGUUUUCUCUAAACGUGUUUCCUUACACGUGAACUUAUCUAAGCACUUGGGCUUCAAAUGAGUUGGGAGGUGGGAAUCCACAAGCAGCUAAAACGACUUUCAAGAUUGUAAUGGUUCUUGUAGUUGCAGAGAUGGUUAUUAUAGGCAUGAUUCUCUUCUUUUGCAGCAAUGUUUUGGGCUAUACCUUCAGCAGAGAGAAGGAAGUUUUGGAUCAUGAUUUCUCUCCAUAAUCAUGGAUGGCUUACUAGCAGUACUUUCAGGGGGUUGCUAGAGGAAGUGGCAGGUAGCAUAUAGGAGCCUAUGUCAAUUUUGGGGCAUGUUAUCUGGUUGGGGUUUGAUUAGUCAUCGUUUCGGCCUUUAUUGUACACUGAAGAGGGAAAGGCCUGUAAAGUGGACUAUUGACAUUGUGCACUGUACAAGCAUUUCUAUUUCUACUUGCUCUUAAAACAAGUGUCACAAAUUGGCAAAAAGAAUUCAUUAUUGCCAAGAAAAAAAAUCUCCCUCUCUUUAUAAUUGGUUUUUCUCACACCAAAAACUACAAUUCAUGUUCAACUUGAUCAUAUAAUGCAAAAAUUUGGAAUCUUAUAAU